AAAAAAACCAUGGAACCAUAUUACAACCUCCUCAAGCUAGCCCUCCGAUCCCUCCUCGCCGCCGCCGUCCGCCUCCGCGACGCCACAUUCAAAUUCUUCACCGCCGUCGCCGACACCCUCUUCUCCCUCUACUUCGCCUCCUGCAGCAUGCUCCCAUGCACCGUCGACCUCGACGCCGACUCCUCCUCCGCCGCCACCACCGUCCACUUCUGGAUCCCCGGCCACCGGAAGUCGACCCGUCCGGCCCUCGUCCUGAUCCACGGCUUCGGCGCCAACUCGCGGUGGCAGUUCUACUACCAAGUCCGCCACCUCUCCAAGCACUUCAACCUCUACGUCCCCGACCUGCUCUUCUUCGGCCGGUCCUACUCCGAGAAUCCGGACCGGUCGAUCGAGUUCCAGGCCGGCUGCGUGGCGGCGGGGCUGAGGAAGCUGGGGCUGGAGAGGUACAGCGUGGUGGGGCUGAGCUACGGCGGGUACGUGGCGUACCGGAUGGCGGAGGUCGACGUGGCGGCGGUGGAGAAGGUGGUGAUCAUUAGCUCCGGGAUUCAUUAUACGGAGGAGCAGAAGGAGGAGCAGAUGAGGAGGAUUGGUGGGGAAGGGAUUCGGGAUCUGCUGCUGCCCAAGAAGCCUGGGGAUGUGAGGAAGAUGAUCAAGCUGGCUUUGUACAAGUCCCGUCGGUACAACUUGGCGCCCGAUUUUGUGCUCCAAGGCUUCAUCGGAAUAAGUAACAAUCACAAGAAGGAGAAACUAGAGUUGGUGGAUCACUUGAUGAAGAAAGCAAAUGCAAAACCAGCCCGUAUAACUCAGGAAACUUUGCUGUUAUGGGGUGAGAAGGAUAAUGUUUUCCCAUUGCAUUUCGCCUACCAACUUCAAAGCUAUUUGGGAGCAACAGCAAGAGUGGAAGUACUGAAGGACACUGGGCAUGGCGCGAACAUAGAUUCGCCGGACGAAGUGAACAGAUUGAUAACAUGGUUUGUUUCUUCGGCAAAAUCGUAAUUGAUAAGUGGCGGAUUAGCUAUAAUUACGAUGAUGAUUAUAGGUAAGACCUAAUUGAUCAAGUUAAUUACUUUCCAAGAAGCUGGAUCGAUGUACGUACCUUAAUUACUUUGUGCCCAGUUGGAUGUGUGUGACCAACCAAAAGACAGAUGAAAUUACUUCGAACUGUGUAUUAUGUAAGAAUAAUACUGAAAACUGAUCGACUUCUUGCAUGAGCAAUCUAGUUAACAUUUAACACUCUGGUU